CAGCCUCUCGCUAGAAUCUUUAGGUGCAUGCCAAGCGCUAACCCCGGACACUCGCCGUCUGUGCCUGGUAUCAAGUCCGGUCGCCAAACUCCGUUUUUUCUCUGGGAGAACACGCAAAUAAAAUCAUCUCAUUCAUGUUUUAGGCCCCCUUGAGUUUCAACGGCUCGAAUUUCCCUUUUUCUUCUCUGGUUCUUUAGACCCUUGCCUUGCUUUCUGCCUCCUCCCCUCUUCUCUCCCUCAUUCACUCUCUUGUUUUUUUACUGUCGACAAGUCAUGGUUCGAUGAGAAGUUGUGUUUCUUUUAAUCUUGAGGCUCUAGACAGCAUUUAUUCUUAUUCUUCUUCUUGUUCAUAUUAUACUAUUUAAACUGUUUCAUUGGGUACGAAAAUUCAACUGUUCAGCUGGUUCUGAAUAAUCGAUACUGUCGUUCAAGGUGGUUAUUGGGUUUCGAGGAACGAGGAGCGACAAUACGACGAACACCUAUCGAAGGAAAAUCGGACAAUUUUUAGUCGGUUGACUCAACCGACUCAACUCGCCCUCGCUCAAGAUGAGCUAUCAAAUGCAGGAUUGGGGAGAGAAACCCUCAGAGCGAUCACGAUGGACUCCCCUAACGCGAAUGCUGCUAUCGGGUGAGAUGACCCAAGAGAAGCAACAGGAACUAUCGUCAAGAGAAAAGUUUGAUCGCUGGAUGAUCAACGAGGGUUAUCGAAGAUUCUUCGUCUUUGUCUUUAUGCUUCUUCACGCACUCAUCUUCUCCUUCGCAUGCGUCCACUACUCUCAAAAAGAGAGUCUCAAAACCUCCAAUGAACUCUUCGGCUUCACCUUCGUCAUAGCUCGUUCAGCCGCUCUGGUUCUUCAUGUCGACGUCGCCGUCAUUCUCUUCCCCGUCUCUCGAACCCUCAUCUCGCUCCUUCGACAGACACCUCUCAAUGGAAUCCUCCAGUUCGACAAGAACAUCACCUUCCACAUCGUCACCGCCUGGUCUAUCGUUUUCUGGUCUUGGGUCCAUACCAUUGCUCACUGGAAUAACUUUGCGCAGGUCGCCAUCAAGUACAAGCUUGGUAUCUACGGCUGGUUGGUUGCCAAUUUUGUGUCUGGACCUGGUUGGACUGGCUAUGUCAUGCUUAUUGCGCUGAUGGGUAUGGUUCUCACAUCGACCGAGAAGCCUCGACGAGCAAACUUUGAGCGCUUCUGGUAUACUCACCACAUGUUCAUCGUUUUCUUCUUCUUCUGGUCUAUCCACGGAGCUUUCUGUAUGAUUCAACCAGAUGUUGCACCCUUCUGCACCAGCGUUGGCGCAUCGGCCGUUGGAGUCUUCUGGCAAUACUGGAUGUACAGCGGUUUCAUUUACCUGGCCGAGCGUAUCGCACGCGAGGUGCGAGGUCGUCACAGGACAUACAUCACAAAGGUCAUUCAACACCCAAGCAAUGUUUGCGAGAUCCAGAUGAAGAAGGAGCACACAAAGACACGAGCUGGGCAGUACAUAUUUUUGUGCUGCCCUGCCGUCUCGCUAUGGCAGUACCAUCCCUUCACUUUGACCAGUGCCCCUGAGGAGGACUACAUCUCGGUCCACAUUCGUUGCGUGGGCGACUUCACCAAGGAGCUUUCCAAGGCUUUGGGUUGUGAUUGGAGCAAGAAGAGGGAACCCGGUGGCAACGAUUCCAGCAAAGUCGUUGGUUUGACUGGACGCGACUCCGAGAUCGAUCCAGCUAUCCGCCGUGUUCUCCCCAGAGUCUACGUCGACGGUCCUUUUGGUUCUGCCUCCGAAGAUGUCUUCAAGUAUGAAGUCUCGGUGCUUGUUGGUGCAGGUAUCGGUGUUACACCGUUCGCCUCCAUCCUCAAGUCCAUCUGGUACCGAAUGAACUACCCCCAGAAGAAGACCCGCCUAGCCAAGGUCUACUUCUUCUGGAUUUGCCGUGACUUUGACUCCUUCGAGUGGUUCCGCUCACUGCUUCUGGCAGUCGAAGCGCAGGAUCUGGACCACCGUAUUGAGAUUCACACCUACCUCACAGCCAAGAUCAAGGCCGACGAUGCGACAAACAUCAUGAUCAACGAUGCCAAUGCCGAUAAGGAUACCAUCACUGGUCUGCGCAGCCCAACAAACUUUGGCAGACCCAACUGGGAUAUGAUCUUUAGGGGUAUCAGGAAGCUGCACAGUCCUGCUGAGGCGGGUGUGUUCUUCUGUGGACCCAAGGGAUUGGGAAGUUCGCUGCAUACUUAUUGUAACAAGUACACCGAGCCUGGGUAAGUUUCUAUGCUAUUAUUGAUAUGGGAGAACCUCAGCUAACUUGAUGCAGAUUCUCUUUUGUUUGGGGCAAGGAGAACUUCUAAACUUUGUCUCUACCAAUUUCAUUCAAGUCAAGGCAAGCGGAUAGUCAAGUUUGUAAUGUUGAAAGGAACACGAAGCAUGGGGUAGAUUUACUGCAAGACCAUACCUGGUCUAUGUUCUUGUUGAGUUAUCAUUUUAAUACCGUAGAAACAGAUGUUGCAUCUCACCAACCAAUACAACCAUUUUUUUUUGACAAGAUCAGCCACAUACUUCCUGUUCACUAUUGAUCAAGGACUGUCUGUUAUGGGGAGAGUAGUGUAAAGCUCGUGAUUGAAUCGAGGCGCAGCUGAAGAACUGACCACUUGGAGUGCUGACGUUGGACACUCCAUUCCAUGCAUGCCACAUCUGACCCAGAUCUCGUCUGAAACGUUUCACAAGCCUGGAAAGUAUCCUACAGCCACAGCUUACUGUUUUGAACAUAGAAUCCUAAAGACGAUUCUUACUACGAGUUACGGGUAUAACGGCAGAUGAGAAUGAUGCUCCCUCGAUCUUGAUGAUCUCGGACAAUGUCUGAUUCACCGAAGAUUUGAAAGCGUCAG